AUGAACAUCAAUCCUUUCAAGCAUUGCCAGGAAUACAUCCCGGACAAGGAUGAUAAAUAUAUUGGAUGCCUCAACUUUACGAAUAGCGAGGAUCCUUGCUGGUAUCUGAAGGUAAUCGCAUUAGAGUUACGAAAUUUCUAGGAUUAACUUUUUACUUUGUAGACAAUGGAUUGCCUCCUUUAUUAAUUUUAUUAACUUCAGGAGUUACAUCGUGCAAAAGGAUUUCGACAAGUCUCGUUGGCGGUGAUUCCAUUUAUUCUGUCCAGUCUUACAUUGCUUUUUAACGUCCUUUUUAUUUAUGUCGUCCUCAAAUUGGUAUUUCACAGGGGAAAAAGGUAAAUCCUAUAUUCUAAAAUUAUGCGAUUACUUUUACUCACAAGUCUAUAAAAAUAAUUUUUUUACAGUUCUCGAAAACGUUACUCAUUCCUUAUUAACCGUGCCAUCAGUACUCUAACUACUCAACUGCUCUUUUAUGUUCUUUUAAUUAUUUGGAAAACUGGUGGUUUAAUAUACUGGACUUCUUUUUUCUUGUUGUGUCUUGGUGGAAUCAGCGUUUUUACCCAUGCUGGCACUUAUAUUGUGAUGACAUGGUUGUUAUACGAGGCUGUUACUCGACCUUUAUGGUAUAAGACCAAGGUUGUGAUGAAGUUUUGUUUGAUUUGCAUAACUGUAAUUUGGUCGGUGUCGUGUAUUUUAUCGGUAUGCUCUUUGAAUAUCUUCACUUUAAUUAAAAUUUAUUUUAAACUUUUUGUAGCCGGCUACUUUCAGCUUGGUCUUGGACUUGUUCUGGCGACCUUAUUCUACCCGGAAACCUCCCCAUUCUUCUGUGAUUACUAUACUUGCCAAUUCCCGGUAUUCUUUUGUUUUGUGGUAGUAAUCUCAAUCUCCUACUUCUCCGUCAUCUUCUUCUAUGGAUUUAUGUUGAUCAGAAUCCGAAUGAAACCAGAAUUCCAUCAUUCCGUGGAAGGUGAUAUCACCGUGACAAGAAACAUGAGGACUUUACGGCGGCUUGCCUUAAAUCUAAUAACCUUCAGUAUCUGGAAGAUACCUCUUUUAAUUGUCGGCAUCUUAUCUUUGGCUGAAUUAGACGAUCUUAGACAACUUGGAUAUGACCAGAAGAGUUCUUGCAAAACAUUCAAAAACGCAAAACUAUAUUACAAAGCAGAAAUGUUUGGAAGUAUCGCCUUAUGCCUGUGGCUGUUAGGUGAGUAGAAAAAAUUAUGUCUCUUAUUUUAUGAAACUGCUUUUAGGGUUGGGAAUGGACCCCAUAAUCAACAUAAUCAUCGACCCUCCGCUCUGUAACUACCUCAGAUACCGUUUCUGGCAUUACGUCAACGUUUGCAUGACGUUUUUCACCGACUCUAAGAAACCCGAGAAGACACAACAAAGCGAAGAAACGUGCUCUGGAGAGUUUUAG